UCCCGGCGUGAAAUAUGAUUCGAGUUAAAAGGCUCCACAGCAGCAGAAGCAGAGGAGCAGCUCAGCGGGCAUUUUCUCUCUCGCUCUCUCCACACUUCGCCACGCUGCACAGCACAGCACAGCACAGCGCGGCGCAGCGCAGCACCUUAUACGGCUCGGUGGGACACGUACGGACGCAGCCCUCCUCCCGAGGCACAGUCAGGGGCGACCCUCAGGCUCAGAUCAGCCACUAUGCCCCACUGCUGAGAAGACGAGCAGCCUCGGUCCCACUCUAACAUGGGGAGCCCCGGCGGCAACGACAGCGUCCCCCAGAACAGCUCGGACCCGUUCGCGCGUGACGAGGAGGUUGCCCAAAUGGAGAUCUUGGUGCUGAGCAUCACCUUCGUGGUGGCCGUGGUGGGCAACGUCAGUGUCCUGCUGGCCAUGCACAACACCAAGAGGAAGAUGUCGCGCAUGCACCUCUUCAUCCGCCACCUGAGCUUCGCCGACCUGGUGGUGGCUUUCUUCCAGGUGCUGCCCCAGCUGUGCUGGGACAUCACCUUCCGCUUCUACGGGCCGGACUUUCUGUGCCGGAUCGUCAAGCACUUGCAGGUGACCGGCAUGUUCGCGUCCACGUACAUGAUGGUGAUGAUGACGGUGGACCGCUACAUCGCCAUCUGCCACCCGCUCAAGACGCUCCAGCAGCCCACGCGGCGCUCGUGCGUGAUGAUCGUGUCGACGUGGACGUGCAGCCUGGUGCUGAGCGUGCCGCAGAUGUUCAUCUUCUCGCUGAGCGAGUUCCAGAACGGCACCGGCGUCAAGGACUGCUGGGCGCACUUCAUCGAGCCGUGGGGCGCCCGCGCCUACAUCACCUGGAUCACCGUGGGCAUCUUCCUGGUGCCCGUGGUCAUCCUGGUGGUGUGCUACGGCUUUAUCUGCCACAGCAUCUGGAAGAACAUCAAGUACAAGAAGAGGAAGAGCGGAGGCAACAAGGACGGGCUGAUCGGCAAGAACUCGGUGAGCAGCAUCACCACCAUCUCCAGAGCCAAGCUGAGGACCGUCAAGAUGACCUUCGUCAUCGUCCUGGCUUACGUCGUGUGUUGGGCGCCCUUCUUCACCGUGCAGAUGUGGUCUGUGUGGGACGACAAGCUCCACUUCACCGAUUCCGAGAACACGGCGGUGACGCUGACGGCGCUGCUGGCCAGCCUGAACAGCUGCUGCAACCCCUGGAUCUACAUGAUCUUCAGCGGCCACCUCCUGCAAGACUUUGUGCACUGCCUGCCCUGCUGCCAGCGGAUCAAGGCCGACUUCCGCAAAGAGGAUUCGGACAGCAGCCUGCGCAGGACCACUCUGCUCUCCAAGGCCACCAACCGCAGCCCCACCGGAAGCUCGGGCAACUGUCGCGAGCUGGACAACUACCCCAAAAGCUCCGCUCAGGUUGAAUAACAGCGCUGCCCGGCAACCGUUUACUGUGGAAUGGAAAAUGGAAGGUACGCAAACAGUCCAAGCACACCCAACCAACCGGGCGGCGCGAGUGGAAACGAAGACACUCUAAAAAUGAUGUUCCAGCUGGAUUGUGUCUGCUUACAUUUGUUUCAAAGGCCGGCGGGGAUUCUGGAGGCGAUGGAGAGGAAACAAUGCAAAAAGGCAGACUGAUGAUAAAUGUACCAUAGCGACGUGUUUGACAUUGUUCCGUUGAAUCUUGUUGUCUAAUACGAACGUUGGCACGGGCGUGUUAGAAAGCGGCGGAAUCGCCUCGGCCCAAAUUGGCAUCAUGCCGUCAAAAGAAACGAUUGUACGUCGUGUGAAUGCCGAGAGUUGUCGAGCCCUGACAAAAAUCGGGAAAAUUGCGUAGAAUUGAAACGGCCGGCCAAAAGAUGCGAGCGGAGAGGAUCAUAAAGCAUCAACGCCAACUUUCUUGCAACUGUAAAAUUCAUUCAACACAAGCAAAGUCCAACAAUUAACAAACUGGCACUCGCACUUUACACAAACGGGAUUACGUCGACGACAUGGGUUAGCGGCUCUGUUGGAAAAGAAGUAAAAAUAUACUUUCAGUAUCACGUUACACCAAACCAGAACAUCUCAAACAAGGAUGAGUGAAUUCAACCUAACAGCAACAUCAAGAUUGCACCAGAUGUCGCCCAAAAAUUCUUUAGUUGUUUAAAAAAAAGAAAAAAAAUAGAAUGAUGCAUUUUUGCUGUUGCGAUUUUUGUCUUGCUUUGGCAUGAUUUUUCAUUAUCGUUGUAAAACAGUGGAUUUGUUUUUAAAUGUGUGAUGGUGUUUGGGCAGUGGCAAUGAUGUCAUGGCACUGCCUUGGGGCGCUCACAGAUUGCUUUAUUUGGCCAUUUAGCAUCUCACUGCAUUCUCACGGAACCAUCGCGUGUUCUGCUUUCUUCACCAUCCCAACUUGGCUUUCCGUCAUUAGAGUUCGGAGCAGUGCAGGACAACUCGAACCCCUUCCUUCCUGUCAAAGUGUUUACAAAGAAAAAAAAAAAAAAAGAACGUUUGGACCAUACGGCGAAGACGACGCCACGUCAUUCUUCUUAAUGAUCAGCCAUCUUUGAAGUUCAUUUUUUCCUCUUCGAGUGGAAGAAAUCCUUUGACUGAUCCGCUUUUGACUUUCAGGUUUUUUUAUGUUUGCUUGAAGUCCUGUUUCAUGUUGCGUCAGGGUGGGGGGUCCUGGUUUGCGCAGGCUCCCGCCAAGGACGUUUCUCAUCUGGCUUCCAGCGGCCGGCAGCCCCUUUGAAAACGUUGGCGGAGGCGAUGGGAUGCUCUGAGACGAGCUGCCAGUCGGAGGAGCCGGCCGGCACACCUCCUGACCCCCUUGCGUCCCUCCCGCGGCCUCCUCACGCAUUCCUCGCACACCACGUCAGCUUUAUUCUCUUCUGGCAUCCUGCGCUGAUGGCUGGUUGGGUACUGGGAAGGAUGAGGGGGGGUCAGGGAGGGGUGGGGGCUUUGUAUGGGCUUCAGAUGUACACAAUUUCCUGCACAUUCAUGUGGAAUGUAACACUGUAGAUGUGAUUAGCGCUGGGAUACUUCAAAACGUGUGUACAGUACUGUGGCAAAGUCAGCAAACCACAAUCAGAUGUAUUCAUUCAUUUGUGAUAUUGUCAUAUUUGUGUUGCUUAAUAAAAGCUUUGCUUUACGUC